UGCUCAGGUUGAUCUCGCCCUCCCUUCCUUGGAUUACAUUGGAUUUCUCUAUUUCCUUUUUUUCAAACUCGCCCUUUUCUCCUCUCUCUCUUCUUCCCCUCCUUUUCUAUCCCUUCACUAGCCAUGUCAGAGAAACAUGUUGACGAGCCCCAUAUUGACCUGGCUGAAACCAUUGUCAGCGAAAAGGACUCCGAAAUCGCCCUUUAUGCUAACUACCCUAAUGUUGACGAGAAGAAGCUCUUGAGAAAGAUGGAUUUUAUCAUCUUGCCUAUUCUUGGUUUCUGCCAAGUCUUUAACUUCUUGGACCGCAUUAACAUCUCCAAUGCCAAAAUUGCUGGUUUGUCCACUGAUUUGGCUCUGAACAACUAUCAGUUCGGAUGGGUUUUGUCCAUCUUCUUCUUUGGUUAUAUUCUCUGUGAAAUUCCUAGCAACAUCAUCAUGAAGAAGGUUCGUCCUUCUCGAUGGAUUCCCACCAUUAUGUGCACUUGGGGUACUAUUGUCAUGUGCAUGGCUGCUUGCACGAGCUAUGCUGGUCUUUUGGUCUGUCGUUUCCUUCUUGGAUGUGUCGAAUCUGGUAUGCUUUGCGGUAUCUUGUACUAUCUUUCAUUCUGGUAUAAGAGAAGCGAAAUGGGAAAGAGAUCCGGAGCGAUCGUCUGUGCUGUUACCCUGGCUGGUGCCAUUGGUGGUCUGUUGGCUACUGGAAUUCAGUACAUGAACGGCGCCCUUGGUCAUGCUGCUUGGCAAUGGAUCUUCAUCAUCGAAGGUAUUCCCUCCGUCUGCAUGGGUAUCAUUGUCUUCUUCUUCUUGCCAGAUUUCCCUGGUGCCAAGAACUCCCUAAAGUACUUCACCGAAGAGGAAAUGAACUUCUUGGUUGAGCGCAUGCGCAUUGAUCACACCGAUUCUAAGGACCAAAAGAUUCACUGGAAGCAACUUAUCGAGGGUCUCACUGACUACAAGAUCUGGUUGUAUACCUUCAUCUUCUUCAGUCAAUCUCUGCCCAUCUACAGUUUCUCCUUCUUCUUGCCUACUAUUAUUGCCAAUAUGCACAUCUCCACCUCCGUUGCCGUCACACAGGCUUUGACAGUACCUGUCUACUUCUUUGGUCUCUUCUUUGUCAUUGUCGCCGCAUGGAGCACAGAUCGUUACAAGGACCGCUUAAUCCACAAUAUUGUUGCCGAAGUUUUCUGUAUCAUUGGUUUCAUCAUUCUUCUUGCCAGCAAGACUCCCGGUGUUCUUUAUUUCGCUACUAUGCUUGGAACUUUCUGCUUCGCCAGUGCUCCUUCUUUGAUGGCUUGGAACAACGAUAACGUUGUCGGUACCACCAAAUCCGCUUUCGCUACCGGUCUCAUGAUCAUGGGUGGAAACUUGUCUGGCGUUGCUGCUGGCCAAAUCUACAAGGAUGCUCCUUACUACUUUAACUCCCACAUGAUCAAUUUCUGUCUCCAAAUUGUCUCUGUCAUCCUUGCUGUAGGUCUUCGAUUUGCUCUUAAGCGCGAGAACAGAAAGCUUGAUGAGCGUGCUGCUGCUGGUGAAACUUUGCCUAAUGGUAGCUUCAGAUAUAAGCUUUAAAGGAAAAUGGGGAAUAUAUACCAAUCACUUUACCCAUUAAGCAACAACACAUAACUCCAGUAAACUCUUAAUAACUUUACAUAAAAAUCAGUCGUUAUUUAUUUGAUUCGUUGACUGUCCCCCCCCCUUUUUGUUUCAUGAGGCAAAUCCACGCGUGAAUUGCCAAUAAAAAGGAUCGUUCCCCCCGCCCUUAUUUUUUUUGGCGCGCAAGUUUACCGGCUGCAUGAAAGCUCGCCCAGGUGAAAAGGUUUUUCCACAAUUACAUUAUCAUUUGAAACAUAUGGCUUUCAAACACAUUUCAGG